GUUGACACGUGGAAUGAAAUCAUACGAGGGUAUUUUUGGUAUUAUGUAUUUAAUUUAUCCUUUCCGGCUGCCUUCUAACAGUAACUCUAUAACUUCUCUGUGGCGUCGCCGUCCACUCUGCAACUCUUUCUCCGCAUUACAACGUUAACAUGGCAAUCUCUCAUUUGAGGUUUCCUCUCUCGCCAUGGAUUACGAACGCUAGCUUGUUUUUCACUUCCUCGAGGCGGAAUUUUCUGAAGGUUUUCUGUUGGAAUCUGUCGACUUCUGCACUAAACCUUGACAUUCCAUCGACUUCGAAUCAGGAGAUUCAGGUUUCUGGAGAGAGAUGGGAUUCAUUUCGGAAGAAGAAAGUUGUAAUGCGGGUUGGAUACGUUGGAACUGAUUACAGAGGUUUGCAAAAACAACUAGACGACGAUUCACUAUCGACCAUUGAAGCAGAGCUGGAAACUGCCAUCUAUAAGGCAGGUGGAAUUCGGGAUAGUAAUUAUGGGUAUCUGCAUAAAAUUGGGUGGGACAGAAGUAGCCGAACUGAUAAAGGAGUUCAUUCCUUGGCAACCAUGAUAUCAUUAAAGAUGGAGAUCCCUGAAUAUGCAUGGAAAGAAGAUCCUAAUGGAAUUGCUCUUGCCAAUUAUGUUAACUCUAAUCUUCCGAAAAAUAUUACAGUUUUCAGUAUUUUACCUUCCCAAAGGAGCUUUGAUGCAAGAAGGGAAUGUAACAUUCGGAAGUACUCCUAUCUUCUUCCAGCUGAAAUUAUUGGGAUAAAAAGUGACUUCAGUUUAACAGAAAUUGAUCAUCAUUUAUCAGAGUUCAAUAAUAUACUCAAAGUUUUUGAGGGUGAGCAUCCUUUCCACAACUAUACAGCACGAGCCAAGUAUAGGAAACAGUCUCUAAGGAAAGGCCAAAAAGAUAAAAGAAUACUAUCAUCUAAGGAAUCAUCUUCCUCCGAGUCUGAGGAGAGCAAUGAAUUUGAAAAACGUGGGGAUGAUUUGGCUCCUGUGUUACAUCUCAGUGAAGAAAAUCUCAACUCAUCAUACUCUUCUGAUUCAGAUGAGCAUCCAAUUUGCACUUCAAGAAAAAAUGGCAGAAGUUUGACAAGUCAAAGUUUCCAUUUAAUGCCACGUGCGAGAUGGCUACAUGAGCCAGAUGAGAAUGAUAGGCUUAGUGGAUCCCACUUCAGAAAGAUUUUCUCCUGUUCGUGUGGGAAGCUGGAGAAUUCAUUAGGAACAGCUUACGUUGGGAUAUCUAUCUGCGGAGAGUCCUUCAUGUUGCAUCAAAUCCGCAAAAUGGUGGCGACUGCAGUGGCAGUAAAGCGGAAGUUACUACCACCAGAUAUAUUGGAAUUGUCAUUGAACAAGUUCUCCCGGAUUGUUUUACCACUUGCCCCAUCAGAAGUUUUGAUUCUGAGGGGGAACCAUUUCUCAAUGCGAUACCAUCCUGGAAAUAUAACUCGUCCUGAAAUGCUGACAUUGGUGGAGUCCAAAGAAAUUCAGAAAUCAGUUGAUGAGUUCUACACAUCUGUGCUGUUGCCUCAGUUAUCCAAAUUCUUGGACCCUUCAAAUUCUCCAUGGAAGGAAUGGGUUGAGAUAUUAGAUGCAAACACAGGUAUUCCAGAUGCAGAGUUGGAGGAAGUGAGGAAAGCUUGGAGAUCAUGGAAGGAAAAUUUUCGGACUAAGCCUACUGCAUUCCAAUCAAUGAAUUGAGGACAAAGCAGUGAAGAUCUUCACAGAGUUUUUGUUUCUUCUUAAUUUCUUGAAGAGUUUUAUAUGUCAGUCUCCUUGUGGAGAAAUCUGCAUGAUCAUAAAUAUUUAAUGGAGCAGCUUAUCCUGCAGUCCGAAGCCUUCAAGUCCACAGAAUCCCUACUUGUUACUCGAAGAACACGAAUUAACUACUACACCUUCUCAUAAAUGCAGUAAAUUUCCAUCCAAAAGGACUUCAUGUCAUGGAUUAUGGAAACCUUUUCCUUUUAAAAAAAAGGUUAAAAUUUUUUGACGGCUUAUGUUACAAGAGAAAGCUUCCUGUACAUUGUGGGUCUUAUGUCUAAAGUAGAGUAUUAUAAUUUAUGCAAGGCUAAUUCACCCUACAGAUAUUCUAUGAAUCUCCCAUCCCCAAACUACGCAGGGAACUUUGUAUCAUGAUCUAUUUACAUCUAACAUUUGGCUUAGUGAAUCAUGUUUCCAUGUUUGAUAAGAUAAGUAUUGGAUAAAUUUGUCAGUGUUCUCAUUCUUUGUUUUCUUUUCUUAUCUAUAGCAGAUUUGGUGGCUCAAUUUUGUAUGAUUGAUUUCUUCCGCAGCUUAAUGAAAUGUUGAAGAAAGCUUUGCGAUGGAUGAGUUUUGCUGCCACAAAAGCUGGUGAGGGCCUCAGUUUAUCACAAGUUGUAGCCCAAGGACUCUUCGUGUCAACCCAGUGGAUGUGUAAUCUGCAAGAAAUGGAUUAGAAAGAAACUUAUCUUCUAUGAGAUUGAAGCUUGUGUUAAAGAAACAAUGUGAGUAUAGUAGAUGUAUCAUGUGUUCUUUUUAA